AUAGAAGUCAGUGUUUGCCUAUGGCGUCUGUCAUGAUGUCCCAACUUCCUGAGUAGCCAGCGGGGAGGGUGUGUGGUCACCCCAAGUUCUGUGCAUUUCAGAAGUCACUGGGUGUCUGGACCUGAGGCCAUGCCACUUCGGGGGAGAUGGGGUUCAGUUAUCUUUGCCAUGAGAUGGGUAGCGUCCAGUCUCAGAAAUGACAGGGUCCAGCCAUUGCCUAAUGGCUGCUGAGGGAGACGUGUCACUUCCUGUGACAUUGUGACAUUGUUUCCAAGGAAGGGGAAGGAGGUGGCUCAAACCUCCAUCUUCCCAGAACUGUCCCCUGCCCCCGGGGACAUUGGAGUGUCCUUCCCAGGGGACUCUCAGCUCCCCAAAGGAGCAAGUUUUGGAAAGAAAAUUCAAAUCUGACAAGAUGGGCUUGGGUCAAGGCAGCCUCAGGAGUGGCAAGUGGAAGACAGCUCAGGCUCAUGUCCCCUUCCCUGCGUGUGGCCAUGAGCCACCUGCUCCUGCCCUGGGCCACCUCGGUGACCAUCCUCCUGCUGGCGGCCGACGCAGUGGCUUCUGGGGACCUCGGUGACGGUGACGAUGAAGAAAGCUUGCAACUCGACAUCAUCUGUUUUAACUUCGAAAACGUGAGGGUGAUGUGGAACCUGACCGACCCCAUGGGGACUAAUCUGACUGUCCUUUACAGGUUCGACAUGGAGACAGUGGACACCCCGUGUACCCACUAUCUUCUCCACCAGGGUUUUACAUCUGGAUGUGUCCUGCCAGCUCAGCGUGGCGUCCUCCAUCUGACCAUCAGGAACGAGACCCACAUCCUGGACACCAGGAGCCGCUUAGCCUCUGACUUCUUGAAGCCUGGGACCCCCAGAGAUGUGACCUUCCUGUGGCAGGAGGACAAGUUGACAGUGACCUGCACCGACCUGGUCUACAAUGGGCUCCUCUAUGAGGUCCAGUUCCGCAGUGUCUUUGACACCAAGUGGCAGUCCAAGGAGGCCAAAACCUGCAAUGUGGCCAUUGAAGGCUUGGAUGGUGACAAAUGCUACUACUUCCGGGUCAGAGUGAAAACGAGGGAGGCCUACUAUGGCCCCGACACCUUCCCCAGCGACUGGUCAGAGGUGACCCACUGGCAUUCGGCACGGCUCAGAGAUUCUUGCCCGGACUGGCAAAGUCCUCCUCAAAUGAAAUUCCCCCAAUUCAUCUUAAUUUCCACACUGCUCAGCCUUCUGAUAGUCAGUCUACUACUCUUGUCUUUAUGGAAACUGCAGAGGGUGAAGAAUCUGCUGAUGCCAUAUGUCCCAGACCCCAAAUGUUCCUUCCCUGGGCUCUUUGAGGACCACAAGGGUGACUUUCAGCGUUGGAUCCUGGACACCCAGAACGUGGUCCCAAUGACAAAGAUGGACAUCGGGGACAAGGAGUGCCACCUUGAGGAUGCCCUGGUGGUCCAGCUGUCCAAGGCUGAGGCCGAGCCAUCGUCCAUGACAACGCAGUCAAGCCCACAGACAGGGGACGGAGAGGCCACCGAAGGGUCCCCACAGCUCAAUGUCCCCCAGGGUGGGAACAUGGUCUCCUUGGGUGGCUUCACCUUCACGAUGAGGGAUAAUUCGUACAUGAUGUUGUGAGGGGGACGCCGUGGUCACCGUCAAUGUAGGGAUGUGUGUUGAUGUUCGUAGACUGUGCAGAGGUCCUGGGAUCUGUGUGUCACUAUCCAUGAUGUCCACAGGUCUGUGGCGAUCCUGUCAGUGACAGAACCAUUGCAAAACGGGACAAUUCAUCGGCACCAUUCCCCAACUUGUGCCUGGUUUACUCUCAGAAAUCCUAAUUAAAGAUGACCAAGCUACCUGGGCACUGGUGGUCACGCCUGUAAUCCUGGCUACUUGGGAGGCUGAGAUGGAGAGAUUGUGCAUGGAGGCCAAAACUGGAAGAGAGUUCACAAGACCCAAUCGCCAAAAUAACCCGAGCAAAAUGAACUGGGGGUGUGACUGAAGUGACAGAGGGCCUGAUUUGCAAGUAUGGAGUCCUGAGUUUGAAUCCCAGUCCCACCAAAAAAUACUAAUUUCCUUAUCUGUGAAAAGUUCUUAUGAAUUAGCAAUAAAAGAGUCAUUUAAAAAC